AUCUCUAUUGUCCCUCAUCACAACGUGCUCCAAGAAAUUGUUCAAAAUUGUUGAAUUGAACGAGCGUGCGUUUCCCAUUUGCUUAACUUAUACGAACGAACACAAUGAACGGAAAAAUUGCGAAGCUCGAUUCUGCCGACUGUGAAGGCUCGUCUGGAGGCAGCGAUCAUGAAAAUGAGCAGCAUUCUGAAUCGAAUGUGAAACUUCGUAAAAAAAUCGUAAGAAAAGCCAAAAAGACCGACGACGAACAGAGCAAUGAGAAAGGAAGCAAGAAGAAACUCCAAAAUGGGACAGGCAACAAUAUCGACAAGCGCGUAUUUAGCAUUUUGAAAAACUUUCAAGAUACCACAAAUAUAACGUCCAAGAUGCUGCAGGACCUGGUUGCCCUACUCCAAGAGGAGUCGUCCGAAAAGCGCAACGCCACAGCCACUUAUGUUAUCAAACGUCUGAUACGCGCAACGGGGGCGGAUAACAAAAAUACUGCCGCCAAGGUGGGCAGCAUCAUAGAGCUCAUCAUUAAGAAUGUGCCCGAUGUGAACGAACUGGAUCUACUGGACCUUCUAGAGCGUGAAUUGCCCGUUAACGGCCAGCCAAAAAAGAAGGAAGAGGCACUGGCGGCAGUCGGACAGAUGAUCACCGCCAGUAUCAUAAUAAAAUUAUCAAAACAAUUGUCCACCAAACGAGAGCUGGCGCCCAUCUACACGAAGCUGAUCAGUUAUUUGAAGGGGCGCGAGUACCUGAUGUGCAUGAGCAACAAUGUGAUUGUGGAAUCAUUUGCUACGGUCCCCGAAGAACGUUUCGCAACAGAUGUUUGGCCAGUGCUGAAGCAGGACAUUGCCAAGCCUGUGUCUGAACUGAAUCUACACACCUUUGAUGUUCUAUUGGCUGUUCACCACAGCUACGACAAUAUUCUCACAUACGAACAGUUGAUGGCUAUCCUGUGGCCCAAGAAGGCAGUGUAUUCUGAACUAUUUAAGAUUUAUUUAGCCGCCCCGAAGAUGUACGAUCCUAGAAUCUAUGCCAGAUUCGGCAAGUUCCUCGGCACUGCCGACACAAAUGCGAAGAUGCUCAAAUCCUGGCAGGAUUAUGCAUAUGAGCAUAGGUCGCAGAACAUUGCAUCGAAGGGGUGCAUCUUCAAGGUGCUCGAGCACCAAAUUGUCAGCCACAAGAACGCCAAUGAGCAACCAUUGAUAGACCUGUUUGACAGUCCCUUGAUGGACUUUAUAUUGGAUGAGCUUUUGGCGGCAAAGACAACCAGCGCCAAGAAAGAGAAGCCAUUGACAAUGCAGCUCCGCCAGAUAUGCCAGGAGUUCGAAUGUGCGGUCGUUUUGCUCUUUGAGAAUCCUGCAACUGGCGACGAAACGAAAGCCACAAUUUUAAGCAAUCUGCUCAAAAAGAGGGGAAAUUUGAAUGAGAUUGCCACAAUGCGACGAUUCACUGAGACGUUGUUGAAUACGCUUAAGUACGACGGCCUCCAGAUUAUUUUUGACGUAUACGCGGACCUACUGACAAGGCCUGUCGACGGGGAAGCACCGCAAGACAAUAGCUCGCGCAACCAACUAGACUGCGUCAACCAAAUGCAUGCCAUACUGCAGCAUACCGAGCUUGAGGGCCACAAAAAGGAACGCUUUUCAAUGCUAAAGACAAUACUGACCGCCGGCCUCUGUCAUGUGGCAGCUGGCCUGCAGCCCUGUCUGCCUGCAGAAUCAAUCUUAAGCGAUUCGAGUGCCGAUCGCUGCAAAACAAUAUUCAUUGGCUUGCUCGUACGCAGCUGUCACGGUGACAUCAAAGAGCUCUGUCUUGAUUUGCGAAAGACUGUGAAGUUUUUGAAGAAAUUCAUGUCGAAAACGAAGAACAGUAGCGCCCAACGGCGUGUAGCCAAUGAUGAGCAGCAACUGGCCUGGGAUGUGCUGACAAAGCUGGAGGAGAGCGACGACAACGAAUCGAAUGCAAGCGCUCUGAUCAUUGAAGUAUUGAUUCUGUUUGUGGGCCUGGCACAGUACACAUCGUGCUGCCAGUUGCAGAUGAGCAUCCUAAAUGAUCUGAUGGUCUGUCGCAAUAUGAAAAAGAACAAACAGAAGGUGGAAUCUGAGGAGGAGCCCAGCUGGCAGGAAGUGGUCACGGACAUCUUGCUGCAGAUGCUGCUGGAGACGGCUGCCCAUUGGCGAGAAUUUACAAACAUAAUUCUGAAAUCGAUGUUGCCAUAUCUCGGACAGGCGCACUUGAUGCAAAUGCUCCAGCGCCUGGAUAUGGAUUCGAAUCCUCUGGGCGAAGAUGAGGACGAGAGCAGCAGCGAUGAAAAUGAAAAUGAGGGAGAGAGCAAUGACGAUGAUAAUGACUCAAGCGCUGACGAUGAUGACAACUCCGAAGACGAUGACGAUGACAAAGACGAAAACGAGGACGAAGAUGCAGCCAUUUUGGAAGAUAAUGCCUUGGAUAAACUUCGCGACUCUGUUCGCCGGGCACUGGAGAAUGGCGACGAAGAUGACGGGGAAGCUAGCAGCGUCGACUGGAACGAUGUGGAUGAGGAGAGUGGCAAGCGCCUGGAUGAGUCCCUAGCGGCCAUAUUUAAGAUGCGCCAUCAGACGACGCAGCGCAAAAAACGUCCAACAAAAUCCGAUCGCAUUAACAGCACCACCUUGCUGCACUUUCGUGUACGCGUAUUAGACCUUGUCGAAGUCUUUGCCAACAAGAAGCCAACCAUGGAUGUAAUCCUAGAUGUGUUGCAGUGCGUUUUUCAAGUGUUUUGUCGCACCAUCAACGACAAGGAUCAGCGACCGCUCCACCAUGCCAGCCAGAAGCUUCUGGCCAAGCUGAUUAACAAGGAAAUCACAUUUGAAGAAGCCCAGGAUCGUGGCCAGAUAAUUGUUGCCAUUGAGGAGCUGUUUGCCGCCACAACUUCGGCAUUGGAGGCCAGGCAAAUUCGCGGUGCCCCGAACUCGCAUGAGUUGCAACAGCAGCUGGUCAUGUGGCGCGAUAAAAGCUUUGCCGCCUUGAUAACCCAGUGCUCCGAAAAGAAUGAUGUUGACAACAAUGUGGCAUGGCCACUGCUGAAAGCAAAGCUAAAUGAUUGGCUACCAGGGCGCAAAUCCAAACAGCCGCUGUUCGGCUUUGAGGCCAUUUUUCAGUUCAAGCCGACCUGGCCAGGCGUCAACCAAUUGGUCGCUAUAUUAGUUUCGCAUUUGAAUGCCUCCACACAUCCGAUGAAACGCCUAAUAAUUUUAAAGCUAUUGGCUGCUCACAAGAAUCGCCUCAAGCCCACGGUCCACAGCCAAAAGGCUGUCAUCAAGGGGCUAGAAAAAUAUGCGAAAAAUGUAUUGGAAUCAGACCCCCUUACAGCAAGCACAGUUCAGGAGCUUAAGGCUCUGAAACAAUAUCUGAAUCCCAAAUUAUUGGAGACCAAGGAAAUACUGAUGAAGAUCUCCCAAUCACUGGAUGAAUUUCACCAAAAGGAGAACACCGUAAGCGUAAAUCCACUGCCGGAGAUGAUGCUCCAGUCGCCCCGAAGAAAACCAAGAAGAACCGUUCGACUUAAUUUAAAAAUUAAAUUUUUUAUGAAAUAAAUAAAAUACAAAAUAUUUGUAUCCCCUGUA